AUGUCCGACUCGAUUUCGGAUAACUAUGAGGGAAAUCGGGGCCAGAGCCAAUCGUGGGUUCAGGGGAAGCCGGGCGGCUGCGUGGGGAUAAGGGGAAAAGGGCGUUGGGUUGUUGUUGUUGUUGACGUUAUUCUCCUUGGUUUGGGGGUUGAAGAAUCUGGCAAGGCCAGCCUUGCGGAGAUGAGCAAAUCGAGAGACGAUCAGAGGUUCUGGAUGAGAACUGAAUACGACGGUCAACCGAAUGAAUCGAGUGAUUUUGUUGCGGAUAUCGCAGGUUCAUAUUUAAUGCAGCCGUGGAAAGAAGGCGGAGAAGGAGAGAGAGAGGGGAAAACAGCGGGGGCGACGAGAACAGAUGCUGGCCAACGGGACCGGACGCAAGUGACAGAGCGUGAAGCCAGCAACAGACACGACAAGGGGCCCACUGCUGAUGGGCCAACCGGAUCGUGUCUGGUCGCCCUGUUUGGCAGAAGGGCUGCGGGCGUGGUUGGCUGGUGGUUGGGUGCAGAUGACCAGCAGCUGAGCGAGUACCGAUACUCGGGGCGGCCAUUGCAGCGACAACAGAUGCAAGGUACAGAUACACGUCCACCAGAGCCAACCGUCGCGCCGACUCGCACCCUCGUUGCUCCUCGCAGCCCGAUGUCAAAAAUAAAAUGA